GAGCGAAUAUUGACACUUGGUUUGACUGCUGGUGACCUCGAUUCUAAAUCCCGCAGGCUAUCCUUUCACUUUAAAAGCGUUUCAAUGAGUAUUCUUUCUCGCACCAGCUUAAUACUGAAGACAUUCGUAUUUCAUAAAAGAAACCUCAGUUCGUUUCUAGAACGCCGAUUAGUGAGUCGUCCGUCGUUGGUGUUCCUAAGUUUUACUUUCAUAGAUUUCUUCUUUAAAAUGAUCGUGAAGACCCUGGUUUCACAGUUGCUGCUUUUGUUAGUCUUCUACGACCAUGUAACAAGCCUAAUUAUACCAGAAGAGCUUCCGACGAUUCUAAGUUUAAUAUAUUCCAAUAUAUCACCUAUCAAAAAAGGAACCGAUUCCAGAUUCGGCGUGGGUUUUCGAUUAGGUGAACACGCGGAUUUUCAAAUUCUUAUUGAACUAGGACCUCAGACCGACACAGAUCCGAUAGGUACAUCCAACGAUGCCAAAAGGCGACGAGAUGCGACGAUAAAUGCUGCGAUGAAAGGAGAGCUAGGACCAUUGGCACAAGCACUGGCUAAAUAUGAAAUAAACCGUAAAAUCCAAAAAGAAAUGGAUGAACUCAAAAUAAUAGAGGAGAAACUUAAAAAGAUUAAAACGGAGAAUACAAAGGCUCAAGAUAAAUUUAAAAAAGAAGAAGCUCCACGCGUGGUGAUGUAUAGUCGAUGAAGAAACUGCAGCAACAUAUAUUGUAGCGGACGAAGCAGAGUUAUUGUAUGCCUUUUAAGUGCAUAAUAGAGUAUUCAACUUGUUGUUACGCAAAUAUUCUUAAAUAUAUCAACCACAAAAUUCUUAUAAUUAUCUAUUUCUUUACAAAGUUAUUCUACUGUUGUGGCAAAAUUUAUUCAUGA